AGAGCUUGUUUGCUGCGGGGACAUUGAUUGAUUGUGAGUUGCGGGUGGUGGGCUUUGCAGAUUCCGCGUUUUUGAUCCCGUGUUCGCCUUCCCAACGUCAUUCUGUAGCCAAUUCCCCCCUCCCCGUCCCCUACUUCGAGCUCUCGCUUUACUCACCGGUAGUGCAGAAAUUCGCGGGGUGCGCUGUCAGGACCCGGAGCUGGCACAUGCCUCCCAUAAGCCUCACACUCCCCAUUUGGAUGCGUAUGUGGUGCGACAGUAACGUCACCUUACCCAGAGUGAGGGAGUGACAGUUGGGGUUCGCUUGGAUUGUCAAGUUUUGCUCCAUAUCUGGGCAGUGUUUCGGUGACGGGGUUGCUUGGGAGGAAGAUAUUCAGUUUUGAAUAUAGUUUCUGGAACAUGCGGAAUGUGUCUGUUCGAAAGAAUGUGGUGCGAUAAGACCAGAGUUCGAUGAAAUCCAUUGCUUGUAGAGGCCUUGUGGGUGGUGGUUCGCAGAUCUGAAGAGCCUGAGCAGUGAAUCCUUAGGUCGGAGUCUCCAGUAGGCGGACUGUUGGGAGGGUCUUUGAUAAGAAGGGAGGCAUACGGAGGCUUUGAUUUGCAAUUGAUUAUGAAGAGGUGAUAGUGUGUGAUAGCGUUUCUGGGUGGUGGCUUUCUGUGUCCGUGAUAUGGCGACGAGAUGACUACAGUGGUUGUUCCCACUUGUUUCAGACCCCUCUGGGAGACCAGGUUUUAUUAGUUUUGUUGCAUUAGCCAUUUGCCAUGGGCUGUACAUCUUCUUCGCCCGCUGCUGUGAAAGGCUCUGGGCGCUUGCACACCUCUCAGGCUGAAGCUUUGGAUUCCAAACAAAUACGAAUCAAGUUAGUUCUGUUGGGUGACUCAGGAGUCGGGAAGAGCUGCAUUCUCUUGCGGUUCGUUCGUGGACAAUUCGAUCCGUCGUCUAAGGUGACGGUUGGUGCAUCUUUUCUCUCCCAGACGAUUAGCUUACAAGACUCAACCAACGUUAAAUUCGAGAUAUGGGACACUGCUGGUCAAGAACGAUAUGCUUCGUUAGCGCCCUUAUAUUACAGGGGUGCAGCAGCGGCAGUCGUAGUGUAUGAUAUCACAAACCCGGAGACAUUCCUGAAAGCUCAAUUCUGGGUCAAAGAGCUGCAGAAGCAUGGGAAUCCUGAUAUUGUAAUGGCUCUGGUCGGGAAUAAAGCCGAUCUCGAGAAUGAGCGAGAGGUUUCUCAUGCAGAAGCCCAGGCCUAUGCCAAAAGUAAUGGCAUGUUCUUUAUUGAAACGUCAGCGAAGACUUCUGAGAACGUGAACCAAUUAUUUGAGCAAUGCACUGAAGGCGAUAUUGCCAGGAAGCCCAAGCAUCCAAGUCUGUACAGCCGGUCGAGAAAUUCUUUGUCCAAGGUCCAUCAAUUUCGCAGAAUUCACCCUUCAAUCCGGGCCUGAAAUGGUUUCUGUUAUCUUAUUUUGACAGGAGAUUGCCAAGAGGUUACCUCGGGGACAAUCGAGCUUGUCGAGGGACUGAACAUUCUCUAGAGCAUUAUUCUAUUACCCCAGAUGCCAGAGUAUCAUGAUAGUAGGUACACAUUGUCAAUAGUGAACAGUGCUGUUACAAGCUACUUUUGUUUUGUAUAUACGUUAAAUGAAAUUGUUUUCUCGAUUGGGUUCCACUGCGUUAACCGCAGAAUUCAACAUA